GCAAAGUUUGAAGUAAGGUCUGCUCGCAAACUCAGGGAAUUCCUUAUAAAUGAGCUAGAUAUGGACGUAGAUGUACGUAAGCUAAUGAAGGAUGCAAAAGCCAAAGGUUGGAGCCCGGGAUCAGAAACGCCGGUCGAUGACACUUUUUCGUCCUGUAGAAUAUAUGGAUCCUUUGCGGUUAACAAAGUGGCAGGAAACUUUCAUAUUACUGCCCUUGGAAGAGGAUAUAUGAAUUAUGUCAUCGAUCUGUCCGCAAUAAAUUUCACUCACAGAAUAGACGAGUUUUCAUUCGGUACACAUUAUCCCCAAUUAAUCAAUCCAUUGGACGACAGCGUUGAAAUUACUGAAAAAUCUGCUACAAUCUUCAAUUAUUUCGUGUCAGUCGUUCCAACAACUUAUGUGGACAACAGUGGCCGCAAACUAUUAACAAAUCAGUACGCAGUGACUGAUUACUCAAAAGAGAUUACAUUGAGCGGAACCGAAGGAGUUCCAGGCAUCUACUUUACGUACGAAAUAGAGCCAAUCUCGGUUCACAUAACGGAAAAGCGGUCCUCGUUUGCUACCUUCCUGGUGCGUCUUUGUGGGAUUGUCGGUGGAGUUUGGGUCACUGCAGGGUUUGCUUUCCGUGCUGCUGAUCAUGUAUGGGUUGCUAUCUUUGGAGCUAACGCUAAUAAAUAG